AUGUUUGUCUAUAUAUCGACAGUGAUUACUGUACUUAUUGCGGGUCAUACUAUAUGCGCUUACGAUGUGUUGCCCGACCCGUGGGACACACUGUAUGUACAGCCCGAACAAAUUCAUCUAUCAUUAGGAGCCGUCGAGAGCCAGAUGAUAGUGACAUGGACCACGUUUGAUUUGACAGCCAAAUCGACCGUAUGGUAUGGCAUUCAGUCGAUCAAUAUGUCAGCGCACGGCAGCGCUCGUAAGUUUGUGGACGGAGGCUCCGAAAAACGCCAAAUGUUUAUACAUCGGGUCACACUUACGGCACUUGUAUCGGGACAGACAUACAAGUAUCACGUGGGCAGCGAUGACGGCUGGAGUCCCAUAUUUACCUUCACGGCUCUCAAAAAAGGCAAUGACUGGAGUCCGAGAUUUGCCAUUUACGGCGAUUUGGGUAAUAUAUUGGCCGCCACUUUACCACGACUUCAAAACGAGGUUCAACAGGGUCUCUAUGAUGCCAUUCUUCAUGUUGGUGAUAUUGCUUAUGAUUUGGAUCUGGAUAACGCUAGAGUGGGCGAUGAGUUUAUGAGGCAAAUAGAGCCGAUUGCAGCGUACAUACCCUAUCAGGUGUGUCCCGGCAAUCACGAACAGGCAUACAAUUUCUCCAAUUAUGACAACCGAUUCUCAAUGAUCUCUUCGGGCGGACACACAAUCAAUAACCACUUCUGGAGCACAAACAUAGGACCCGCGCAUAUCAUCUCCAUAUCAACUGAAUUCUAUUAUUACACUAAACAGUACGGCACACAUCAGAUCGAGAACCAGUACCGAUGGCUCGAACAGGACCUCAUCCAAGCCAAUAAACCCGAGAACAGGGCCCAAAGACCCUGGAUUAUCACCAUUGGUCACAGACCACUCUACGCGCAAAAUCAUAUUGAUAACAUUCUAAGAGAGGGCUUCACUUUCGCAAAGGACUCGAAGCCUGAGUUUGGUUUCGAAGAACUGAUGUAUAAACACGGCGUCGACCUCUCAUUCUGGGCUCACGAACACAACUACGAGAGACUUUGGCCCAUAUAUAAUAAUAAGAUUUACAACGGCUCCGUAGACGAGCCCUAUAAUAAUCCCAAAGCACCCGUCCAUAUCAUCACUGGAAGUGCUGGUUCUCGCGAAAGACACACCACUUUUAUCGAUACUCCCCAUUACAGCGCUUUCCAGAACGAGGAGUUUGGUUACACACGUAUGACAAUACACAAUGCCAGUCACAUUUACCUGGAACAGUUAUCUGUUGAAAGGGAGGGUGGCCAGAUUAUUGAUAAAUUCUACUUGAUUAAAGAGAAACACGGAUACGAUGCCUGGUUCUGAGAAUAUGACAAAACUAUGCAUUUAGAUGUUGAGAUUUGUAGUAAUAAUUUCAUAUGAA